AUGUCGGGCGGGCCCCCCAGGGGCCUGCCGUCCACAGGGCCCCACUCCCUGCUCGACAUGCCGCACCCGCUGGCCGGCUCCAGCAGCGAGGAGGCCGUGGGCGGCGACAGCACGCCCAGCCCGGACCUGCUGAUGGCCCGCAGCUUCGGCGACAAGGAUCUCAUUUUGCCCAAUGGUGGUACUCCAGCAGGUACUUCGAGUCCGGCAUCUUCAUCUUCCCUUCUCAACAGACUUCAGCUUGAUGAUGACAUUGAUGGUGAGACCAGAGAUCUCUUUGUCACAGUUGAUGAUCCCAAGAAGCAUGUCUGUACCAUGGAGACCUACAUUACGUAUAGGAUCACCACCAAAAGUACGCGGGUAGAGUUUGACCUGCCAGAAUAUUCUGUUCGUCGAAGAUACCAGGACUUUGACUGGCUGAGGAACAAACUGGAGGAAUCGCAGCCUACGCAUCUCAUUCCCCCGCUUCCUGAGAAGUUUGUGGUGAAGGGUGUUGUAGAUCGUUUUUCAGAAGAGUUUGUGGAGACCAGAAGAAAAGCUUUGGAUAAAUUCCUGAAAAGGAUUACAGAUCACCCUGUGCUCUCUUUCAAUGAACACUUUAAUAUUUUCCUUACUGCUAAGGACCUGAACGCCUAUAAGAAGCAGGGGAUGGCCCUGCUCUCUAGAGUGGGUGAGUCCGUCAAGCACGUCACCGGAGGCUACAAGCUGAGGAGUCGACCUCUGGAGUUCGCAGCCAUAGGCGACUACUUAGACACCUUUGCCCUCAAACUGGGAACCAUCGACCGGAUAGCCCAGCGGAUCAUUAAAGAAGAGAUAGAGUACCUUGUAGAGCUGAGAGAACACGGGCCUGUGUACUCCACGUGGAGCGCAUUAGAAGGGGAGCUCGCUGAGCCCCUGGAGGGUGUGUCAGCUUGCAUUGGCCACUGCUCCACAGCUUUGGAAGAACUGACGGACGACAUGACAGAAGACUUUCUACCUGUGCUCAGGGAAUAUAUUUUAUACUCUGACUCCAUGAAGGGCGUGCUGAAGAAGAGGGACCAAGUGCAAGCAGAGUACGAAGCCAAGCUGGAAGCCGUGGCCCUGAGGAAGGAGGACCGCCCCAAGGUGCCGGCAGACGUUGAGAAGUGUCAGGACCGGAUGGAGUGUUUCAACGCUGAUCUGAAAGCCGACAUGGAGAGGUGGCAGAGCAGCAAGAGGCAGGAUUUCCGGCAGCUGCUCAUGGGAAUGGCCGACAAGAACAUCCAGUACUACGAGAAGUGCCUCAUGGCGUGGGAGUCGAUUAUUCCGCUACUACAGGAGAAACCAGAGGCCAAGUAAGUUCCUUCUUGGGACCAAGACUCUUCUACUUACACAGGGCAUGGCACCAUACCAGGACGUCCCUGUAGUGCCAGAGAGGCGGCACUGAGAAAACAGCCACAGGAUCAUCUCUCCUUUGUGUAUUUCUUUCCCCUCCCGCUCCCAUCCGCCUCCGUCUGACAGUGGUUCUCCAUUAGUAUUUAUAAUCAUCUCUCAGCGAAAGAAGCAUACUUCCGUGUUGUGAAGGAGCCCAUGACAUCUGGGACACCAAGACCUGCAGCUGAGGGACGAGACGGCCCAGCUGACGUUCUGACAUCUCAGAACACGGGGACAGCAUGUUGCCCGCGGUGGAAGAGAGCCCAAGUCUGCUUUUCCAGGGCACAAGGAAGGCAGACCGAGGGGAGCUCUCGAUUUCCACGGACACAUGGGGACUCUGGAAUUGACCUGUGUGGGCAUCGACUUGUCUCAGCCUAGAAGGGGGUGUUGGCACCUCCAUGGAAAGUCCUUAAUGUCCAGUGGCCUACAGCUGUGAGUGUGGCCUGCUGCCUGCUUGUCACGAAUGGCACCUCUUUUGUGGCUUCUGGUUCACACAGGACUGUUUAUGUCCGCGUCUGUUUUCCGUGCCUGAACGAGCAAGCCAGGUCCUUGUCCUCAUGUGAUACCUCGGGGAGCCGAGGGGGCAGUGCUCCCCAAACUUGUUUCUGACACUAGAAUGCAGUAGAUUGGAAACUG